AUGAGUCGAGAGUCGCGCAGCAGGCUGAUGCCGCUAGGCAAAGCCAGGGCUGUGAUGGCCAGUCGAGUACGACCAGGCCAAUCAACUCGUCCUCGUGACACAGCAAAGCCAUUGGCAAAUGCCUUGGGACUGAAGCUGCAGAUGCCUUGUGACAAGGUGGAUGCGAGCUGCUUUGCGGAGCACGCCAAAACGUUGCUAUUUGCCGAGAGCACCUUGGUGGUUUUCUGGCAGCAUGAGGAUCUUCCACUUCUGGUGGAGGCCGAGCCUGGAUGGUGUGGAUUGCUGAGUCCAUGA